CCGGGUUGCCGCUUUUUUAAGCGGCUCUGCUCCUGUGUCUUUAAGGGGCACAGAAAGCGGAAGUGCGCGGGGAAGCUUCGCCCGUCGCGGCUGAGAAGCCGGCAGAAGUCUCACCUAAUCUUUUCCUAGCAGCCUUAACAAUGGGGUUAUUGUUUUUUCAGUUGUGGGUACAGUUCUUUGCGCCCUGGGGUCUCUCAGAGGCACACCAGUAGGCCGAGGAUUUUUUCAAAGACGAAUUUAAGCGGCAAUUUCCUUCUCGUGGAAAACAAUUGAGCCGGUUCCUACAGGGAAAAGCAACCUUCUCAGGGAAUACUGAAAAUGUAAAGCAGUCCACAGUGGCUGGCAAGCACCCCAAAGUUUGAAUGAACCUGGUUAGAUAGAGUCCAAGCAGGCAAGCCAAAAGACACCUUAAAGUUCAAGCUUCAAGGAAUAAAGAGGGAGGGUGGAAAAGGAUAAAAAGAAAACUGGAAGAGGGGAAGUCCUUUUUCAAGGAAAAGACAAAGCCACAACACCAAGUUAAGGCUUCGGCUUUCCGACAUUUGCUCAAGUUCCAAAGUCAAAGCCAAGUCUGAUUUGGUUGGUUCUACGGCCCUUGUCAAGUCCAUCUAGCAAGCCCUAAAGAGUAAAGGUCAAGAUCAAGUGACGUGGAGGUAACUGCCAAAGUUUCGUUUUGUAUCUUAUCGCUCAAGCUCUUACAUUUCAGUCAAGAAUUUGUUUGUUUAUAAAUGUUCUACCUUUAAAUAUUGCUUCCUUAGUGUAGCACAAUUGAACUGUAUGCAAAUGUUUGUUUAGUAAAUUAAUCUUUUCCCUAGCAGAAAAAUUUGAAUGGAAUACUGAAAUAUAUUAGCCAUUUAGAUGAUCUAGUGCAUUUUUAUGGCAUCAGUAGUCAUUUGUUUUAAGUACAGGGAAUAAAGAAGGAAAAACUAGAGGAAAGUCAAAUGUUUAUUAGUAUGGAAAUGUUUGCAGAAUAGCAGCAUUUGUACAACUAAUUCAUUCAAUGUAUUUGAUUUUUGCCUAUUAGAAUAUGCUAAUUUUAAAGGCCUUAAAAUAAGAUGUACAUAAUGUAAAUAACUUGAACUGAUGCAGUUAUUCAUUACAAGUGUAGAAUCUCCAAAAUACAUGGAAAUGCCCUUUUGCCAUUCCUACCAGUGGAAAAGCAACUGUGUAUACACAGACUUGCAACUGAAAGGGAAAUCCAAUGUGCAAAAAACCAUACAUCAAAUCAAAAUCCUUAUGUGCAUUUCUAUGCACAUGCACAUUUCUGGAUUUGAACAAUUAGAUUUUGGAGGCAUUCAAUGUUACUUUGCUUCUUUGUAAAAUAAGGAUCGCCUCACACUAAUAUUCCAUGGUGAUUUCUGUGCUAUAUACCAAGUGUGAAAGAAGGUUUACAUUUUCAAAAGCUGACUCCAGGAUUUUGACAACUUCAGGCAAGAUACCUCUUAAUUUGAAAGAGACAUGGCUUACAAACAAAAUUAUCACACUCACCUUCCUAGGUUCCUUAUGCAAAAUGAGAAUGACAACAUUCUUAGGAUAGAGGAACCUUUUUCUUUUUGAGAAGCUCUGGUAAAUGCCUGAGCUUGCCAUUUUCUGGACCCAGAUUUGUUUUAAAACAUGCUAUGCAUAUAUUCAAGGAUUUGGUGGUCACUCUUAGUUCUCUGAAUGUUGGAAGAUAUGUGUCAUCCUUUCAUAUUUUAUGUAUUUACCACAAUAAAUGCUGCUGAAAUAGUGUACUCAAGUGGCCACAUAAAAUAUGAAGUGGCUGUAACUUAAAUGGCAUAUAAAAAAAAACUUGCUUGAUUUUAAAGCAUCUGAGUAUGUCUGUGUUAUAUGAUACAAUUUUCUUUUGCUUUGUGCAUGUUUAAAGUGUCCUUAACAGCCAGUCAUGUUUGAAGAUGUUCGUGAUGCAGAAGAUGCUCUUUAUAACCUCAAUAGAAAGUGGGUAUGUGGCCGGCAAAUUGAAAUACAAUUUGCACAAGGUGAUCGCAAAACACCAGGUCAGAUGAAAUCGAAAGAGCGUCGUCAGUGUUCUCCAAUGGACUACAGAAGGUCAAGGAGCCGCAGUCGAAGGAGGACACGUAGCAGAAGUUCCUCGUGGGGAUGGAGUAGGAGACACUCUGACAGUUUUAAGGAGUCAAGGCGUGGACGACAUUCUUACAGCCCAUCUAAAUCUCGCUCAAAAUCUCUUCCAAGGCAUUCCAGUUCACCAAGACGGUCGGUUACGCCCCAACGGAAUUCUAGUUCUCGAGGAAGGUCGCAAUCAAAAUCACCCCAGAGAAGUUCAAAAUAUGUUGAAAAAUCACCAUCUAGUUCCCAUCGAAGACGUUCCAAUUCAAGAACAAAGUCACGAUCACAUCCAAAACGUUCAGGCUCAGCUACUAGAUCACUGUCUAAAUCUCCACGGAAACAUACAAAUUCCAGUUCUCGCUCACACUCCAGGAGUUUUUAUCAAAGAAAUAGUAACCAGUCAGUAUCUGAAGAAGAUUAGUGCAUCUAUUUCAUUAAUACAGAUUUUAUGAGCACAAAAUGAGAACAAAACUUGUCCAAAGCUUAUCUGAAAUAUACAGUAAUUAAUAAGAGGUCUUGCUGUGUUGUCCUUUUGGUUGAUGCUUAAGUGUACGGAACACUUUUUUGUAAAAAUCUAGUCCAGCACCCUUUCUUUGAGUCAAAUAAUAGUUGAUCUGGAGGUCCCUGCAGCUGGGCCAGCUGGUGCCCUUCUUUGUGCUGAUGAAACUUAGGCUACUGCUGAACUGGACUGUGUUUUAUUUUUCCCAAGCAGAACUAUCGUGUGCUCCUUGCUUCAAAUCCUUGGUGCUGCCACAGCCUAAUGUUAGUGUACUGGAUAGAAGCUGUACUUGGAUCUUUGCCCAUGUUCCAUAAGGUGGGAGUAGCCAUCAAGUUGUGCCUUUCUUAUCUCUCACAGAAUACUUCUGUAGCUCUUGCAGUACAAGUAAGGCUUGCACUGAAAAUCUGCACCUCGGAUAGGAUUCAGCUGCCCAAAAUAGCCUUUUGCUAUUGAUUUUAAUCUUGAUUUGAAUUAAAUGAGGUUGCUAACCCCUGUUUGACUAUCUUUUUUGGCAAUAUUUCAGUGCCUCUUGGAAUAUCAAGAGUACUGAAUUCAGGUGUGAAGAUAACUUCUUCAGAUAAUUAGUCUUGGGGUUGUGGGAUGCUCUGCAACAUGAACUUUAGGUUUGAAAUGGUCUUUCAAAUUAAGCUAGUUUGUGUUCAGUCUAGAGAAGUAUCUUAACAUGGGAAAUUUGAAUAACUGUCUAGACUCUCAUCUGUUUGAUCUACAUUUGUUAAAAAUACUGAAAUGAAAAUUUGCAGUUAAUUUCCCUACAUGUCUCCAUUUUGAAAGAGAAGUGCUAAUUGAUCUUAAUUAACUUAUCCAAACAUCCAACACAGAAUGUUUUUGGAUAUCCAUUUCUCUUGUCAACCAAACUGCAGGUACACAGGGGAAGGAGUGUUUGAAAGUCCUUUCCAUCCCCUAACUAACCAUCCCCUAACAGAAAUGUGUAUGUAGAUUUCCAGACUGGGUACAUGAUCAGUGGGAUAGGGCAGAUUUUAAUCAGAUCUUAACAGGUGACAGAAUAAGGUGCAAGUGAAAUUGCAAAAUGAACUGUACCACUUCAUACAAGAGAGAGCACUUUUGAAUGUUCCCAUAUAUAAUAAUUAUUUCAAAAAUCCCUGAAAAUUGAAAACCUGCUUGGCAAGACACAUGCUUAGGCUAGAAUCUUGCUUUCUGAUACUGUUUUUUCCUUUUCAUAAUAUGUGGGGGCAGGAAGUUAACAUAAAAGAUUUCACUAUGUGAACUGUCGUAAACUGUCCAUACAGCUUCAGCUCUUGGGUGGUAUAGAAGUGAAAUAAAGAGAUCCUCCCAUCUACAGACUGAAACGACAUAGUUCCUUCUAUCAACCCAGGCUGUUGCACGUGUAGAUGCAACCUUUGACUAUGUGCAGUGGCCUCUUGCACUUGUAGAAUGAAAAAUGACAUGUUCUCAGUCACUGGAUCAAGGCCAAUGCACAUGAGAAAGCAGGUCUAACAAGCAUUGGACAUAUAAGAAAAGGAGCUGAUAGGUAAUACAGUCAUUUUCUGACACUGUAAUAUAAGUCAUUAAGCAAUUACUUUCAUGUGUGGUUGAACUUUUUUUUGUGUGAAACUCUUUAAGUGGUUAACUUUAAUGUACAAAUCUUCAUUUACAUUCUGUAUUUUCAAACUAUCGUAUUAGAAGAUCUAUGUAGAAGACAUGUUCAAGCAUUUUAAAAUUCUGAGCCCCUAAAGUUAUUUAACAGUUGAACAGUUGAGUACAAAAUUAUUAGCCUGUUUAACUCAAGUAACAGAGGAUAGAUUAAAAAGGUUUUGUAUUUUACAUGAUAUUACAAUUAUGUUGUGUAGUAACAUUUGGAAACUAUAAUUUGCAUUUAAAUGUAUGGUAGUUGUGAUGUCUGUUACAUGGUACAAGUACUGUACUGUUUUAAUUGUAGUGACAGUAAAACCACUUUCACUUAAUGAGAGAUUAUACUGUUGUGUUGGGAGUAGUAUUAUUUCAUAACGUAACAUUAUUUUCAAUAAAAAUGAGGUUUCCUUUUUAA